UGCAGUGCUUAUCUUUGAACAUUUACUCAGACAGGAACUCAGAUACAGGACUAAUAUAAUCCCUAAGAGGCUGUAAUGUGACCGACUCUGUGUAGAUACAGUGUACUUUAGUCCACACAGGAGCGCGAGCUGCUCUGACGCAGAAGAUCAAAGGAAAGAUGGAGCUGAAUGGCUGUAUGUAGGCAGUGGAGUUUGUGCUGAUCACUGAGGUCCUGCAUAUGUUUACCUUUGUGAAAUAAUGGCGAGGGAAUCAUAACCUCUGAAAUGAGUCUCCCAGAGGAGCGCUGUGAGAUCAAAAGUGGAACUAAAAAUAGGUCAAACUCCCCUGUGUCCAGCUGUGUGUCCUUGAAGAGUGACCAGUCAAUGAUAGAUCCUCUGAACUUUAAAGGAGCAUCAGUCUCUCUGGAAAGUGGUACGGCAGAAAGAUCAGACUCUCCUGUGUCCGGCUGUGCAUCUUUGAAGAGUGACCAGUCAAUGAUAGAUCCUCUCAAUUUCAAAGGAGGAUCAGUUUCUCAGGAAAGUGGAACUAAAGAAAGAUCAGACUUUCCUGUGUCCAGCUGUGUGUCUUUGAAGAGUGACCAGUCAAUGAUAGACCCUCUCAACUUCAAAGGAGCAUCAGUCCUUCAGGAAAGUGAUGAUACGGGGUCAGAGUCUGCUGUGACAACGGACAAGCUUCAAAAGAAGAGUAAAGAACAUCUGAAGAACAUCUUUAAUGAGCUUGAGAAAAAAAUCUUUAAGUUCAUAAAGGAUGAGCUGGAAAUCUAUAAAAAACAUCUAACAAAAAAAGACAUAAAAUAUUGUGGAGAUGUGAAGGAAGACAAGUGGAAUUUAAGACAAGGAGUUCUUAAUAUGACACAGUACUUCUUGAAGAAGAUGGAACAGAAGGAACUCGCUGAUGCACUGCAAAAUGAACUGAUUGGAAUUCAACAGUAUGCACUCAAAGCUAAACUGCGCAAAAAGUGUCAUCAUGUACAUGAAGGAAUUGCAAAGCAAGGAGAGUCCACUGUUCUAAAUAAGAUCUACACUGAGUUGUACAUCACUGAAGGUGGUGCUGGACAGGUCAACAAAGAACAUGAAAUGAGACUCAUUGAAAAAAACAAUGUAACAAGAGACACUAAUCAAAUGGAGCAAGAAGUGCAAAUCAAAUGCAAGGACAUGUUUGAACCUUCAACUGAAGAAGACAAGCGCAUCAGAACUGUUCUGACUCAGGGAGUUGCAGGUAUUGGAAAAUCAAUCUGUGCGCAGAAGUUUAUUUUGGACUGGGCUGAAGGUAAAGAAUAUCAGGACAUCCAGUUCAUCUUUCCACUUCCCUUCCGAGAACUGAACCUGAAGAAAGGAAGUCAGAGUUUGAUGGACAUCAUCUAUUUCUUCUUCCCUGAAACACAAGGAUUGACAUUAUCGAAUGAGCACAAAGUCAUGUUCAUCUUUGAUGGACUGGAUGAAUGUCAACUUCCUUUGAGAUUCCAGACAAAUGAGACCCUGAACAACAUCUCAGAAGAAGCCCCACUGGACUCUGUGAUGACGAGCCUCAUCAAGGGAAAUCUGCUUCCCUCUGCUCUGAUCUGGAUAACCACUAGACCAGCAGCUGCUGCAAAGGUCCCUGCAGAGUUUAUUCACCGAAUGACAGAGUUACGUGGCUUCAAUGACUCACAGAAGGAGCAGUACUUCAGAAAGAGAAUCAGUGAUCAGGACCUGGCAGAGAAAAUAAUUGAUCAUAUUAAACAAUCAAGAAGCUUGUUCAUCAUGUGCCACAUCCCUGUCUUCUGUUGGAUUUCUGCAAAUGUACUUCAGGAAAUUUUGCAAAAAAGAAAGAAUAAAGAAACACCAAAGACACUGACAGAAAUGUACACCUGCUUUCUGAUCUUUCAGACCAUACAGGGGAACCUGAAGUACACUGGAAAUAAUGAUUCGGAUGUACCCUGGGACAAAGAAGGCAUUAUGUCAAUGGGAGAGUUGGCUUUUCAUCACCUGGAAGAGAGCAAUCUGAUCUUCUAUAGAGAGGAUUUAGAUACAUGUGGCAUUGACCCCAGUAAGAUGUCAGUGUACUCAGGACUGUGUACUCAGGAGACAGUCAGAUUUCUUGGCACAGUUUACAGCUUUGUACAUCUCAGCAUUCAAGAGUUCCUUGCUGCAUUAUUUGCAUACAUUUCUCACAGAAAUGACAACAAGAAUGUUUUAGACCAUCAGUCCACACCACAGGAGAGCAAGAAAACACAAGUCAUUGAUUUUCUCAAGGCUGCAGUAGACCAGGCUUUGAAGAGUGACCAUGGACACCUGGACCUUUUCCUUCGCUUUCUUCUGGGUCUCUCUCUGGAGUCUAAUGAGCAGCUCAUUCGAGGUCUGCUGACCCAGAAAGGAAGCAGGUCUGACUGCCAGAAGGACAUAGUUGAGUACAUAAAGUCAAAGUUUAAGGAAAAUCCAUCUCCAGAGAGAUCAGUCAAUCUCUUCUACUGUCUGAAUGAGUUAAAUGAUGAUUCUCUAGUGAAAGAGAUCCAGAGUUACAUGAGCUCAGGACGUCUCUCUGAAGCUGAACUCUCACCUGCACAGUGGUCAGCUCUGGUCUUUGUGCUGCUGACAUCCAAAGAAAAGCUGGAUGAGUUUGACUUAAAUAAGUUCAUCGGAUCAGAGGAGUGUCUUAUUAGACUGCUGCCGGUGGUCAAGGAAGCCACAUCAGCUCUGCUGAGUAACUGUAACCUUACAGAGAAAAGUUGUUCAGCUCUGUGCAAAGUUCUCAGCUCAGAAUCCUCUAACUUGAUUAAACUGGACCUCAGUAGUAAUAACCUACAGAACACAGGAGUGAAGCUGCUUUCUGCUGCACUAAAGAGUCCACACUGUAAACUGGAGGAACUGAGACUUUCAUACUGCAGUAUAACAGAGGAAGGAUAUGCUGCUCUUGCUUCAGCUCUGAAAUCAAACUCCUCAUCAAACCUGAUAGAGCUGGAUCUCAGAGGGAAUGAUCCUGGAGAUACAGGAGUGAAGCUGCUCACUGAUCUGCUAGAGGAUUCAAAUUGUAAACUGAAAACACUGAGGUAGGUACAGUGCUGUGAAAAAGUAUUUGCCCCUUCCCAAUUACUUCUAUU